GCCACAGGAGAGAAGUCAGGGCCAUACAGAAUUACAGCCAAAGAGCCCCCACUCUAGACAUCAUGAAGCUGCUAUUUAUUGCUGCGCUGAUGGUUGUGUGGGUCUCUCCACUGAGAAGCACGCCAUGCAAAACUGUCCUACGUGUAAAACAUGAAGCUAUAGAGUAUGCUUGCCAGACUCAAAAAAGACCUCUCCAACGUGCAUUUGGAAUCAUUCCCAUUCCUUCUGUUAUCAAUGGAGGAAACAGAGGUAUCCUUGGACUAGGAUUGGGACUUGUGGACAAUGUUGUCAAGCUUGCGGGGGUACAAAUUCUGGAGGUCAGAUUGCCUGAGCUCAAUGUGAAAAUGAUGCCCAAUGUUGGUAUUCAAGUUUCUAUAGAUACCAGUUUUCAGAUCAGUGGGAGUAUAGCCCUUGUUGGAAAAAUUGAUGUCAAAGCAAAAGCCGGUGUUCUUGCAGAUCUGAGAUUCACCAGGACAGAUAGAGGUUUCCCUAUACUUAGUGUUUCAGCUUGCAAGUCCAUACUGGGAGACACAAGAAUCACAGGACCCUUUGGUAUACUUCCUGCAUUAACUAAUAUAAUAAAAGGUCAUUUUGAAGUUGUCCUUAGUGAUAUGCUUUGCGUAUCAGUAUCAAACGUAUUCCUGGGAUUUAAUACAAACCUGGGCAUGUUGGUUGGUGGAUCCAUUAUUGGUGGUAACCUUGGCUUACAGUACACCAUGCCCAGUGCUCCAGUGGUGACAGAAGACUACAUGGAUGUGAUUAUGGAUGUGGAAUAUGAAGUGGAUAAGAAGGUUGUUGAAAUACCAAAUGGUGUCAAAGACUUUACUCUUCCUCCUGGUGCUGGUAAUAAAGACGCAAUGAUCAACCUUGGCCUCUCACAAGAUUUCUUCAACUCCAUGUUUACAGCUUUUCAGAGUUCUGGGGGUUUAAACUUGGAAAUCUCAUCAACUUCUGCUUCUGUUAGGAACUAUCUGACAACAUCUGUACUGGGCUCCCACAUUCCCGAGAUCAGCUGGAAAUACAAGGAGUCUCUUCCUGUGAACAUGAAGAUACUGCUCACUCAAACACCACUUGUUACUCUCGACGCCAAUGUUGUGUUAGUUCAGAUUUCCCCAGUUGUGGAGAUGUUCGUGGUGACAGGUACCAUGCGCAAUCAACACCUAAUGACUCUCAAUGUGGGAGCCAAUUUAAUGGCCAAGUUGGAUGUAUCUAGAGGGAAGAUCACAACAUCAGUAGGACUGCAAGGAGAUCUUAAAAUCACAAUGGCUUCAAGCUCUUUUGGAAAGUGCAAGACAAGUCCAUCAGUGCUGAUGGGGUACAUGCGUGACAUCUUCAACAAGGCUUACCUGGUUCAGCUUAAUGCUGACCUGAGUGUUGGAGUAUCUUUACCAUCAUUGCCAAAUGUUGACCUUAUUCAUGAAGUCAUAGAAGUGAAAAAGGAAUAUGCAGUUGUGUCAUUUGAUCCCCAGUAUGUCAAAUAA